AUGUCUUAUAAGCCUGUCGUCGCCGUUCUAGGAACCAACGGGUUCUUGGGGAAGCCUAUCUUGGAGGCAUUGCAGUCGCCAACUUUUUCGGCUAAAUACACUCUCCCGAUUAGAGCGCUCACUAGGGACAAGUCCAAGUACGAAGACACCGACCUCGUGAAGUAUUACGAGAUUGUUCCAAAUGAUGCAAACUCAAUUGCGGAGGCUCUCAAAGGAGUGGACGUUUUUGUCAAUGUUGGAGGUGGAGCCACUGACCACGGUCUGGUUUUAGAAGGAGUUCUUAAAGCUGGGGGAGUAAAGCUUUACAUUCCUUCGCAAUUCGGAACUGCUUUGUCUGAUGCUUCAUAUUUGCCAAUUCUUCAAGGAAAGGUUGAUCACAGUGCAAAGGCCCGUGCUGAAGGACUGAAGACUGUAGAUAUCUACACCUCGUUGUUUGCAGCUCCAGGUUCGUUCCUCUAUGAAGUCAUCGCAGCAAUCGGCUUCGACAAAGACAGCAACACCGCAACCUUCAGGGGUGAUCCGGCUGCCAAAUUCGAUAUCUCUUUCUUACCCGAUAUCGGAAAGAGUGUUGCUAGCCUGAGUGCUCUAGAGCCUUCCACUCUUCCGGAUGAGAUCAGGAUUUCUUCGGACCAGGUUACGCAAGAGGAGGUCUUGGCGCGCUACGAAAAGACUCAUUCCGUAAAGGUUGAACGCAAGUCUAUUUCGAAGGAAGAUGCAUUGAAGUAUGCCAAAGAAUUGCUUUCAACCAAGGGCUUUGAUUUUGCUGAUUUUUUCCUGUACCUGCAAACCUUUAUCUCACAAGGUGAUGACAAGGGACUUGCUUUCACUAAGAAUGACGACGAGCUUGUAAACCCUGGCGAGAGUCUUUGGAAAUGGACCAAGUUUGAGUAG